AUCUGUCUAACCCUUUUUUGCCGUGACCAGUAGAACGUAGGUUGUUCCAAGGACGAAAGUGACAGAUCCUUUCCAAUAUGUUACGGUCGAAGGUUUUGAUUCAAGGGGUAAUGCCAGCAAUGAAGGGUGCACUAGAAUUACAGUAUAUGGUCAGAUCAUGUGGUGUAGUUCGUAUGUUAUGUGCUCCGAAUGUUGGCUGCGGGCAAAUUGUCCCAAAAAGAAGAGUUUCGAGCACUGGUAAAAGCAGCUCUAAAGGACACAAAGACUUAGUCUGUAACACGAGAAUCAGAGGGAUUGACAUUACAAGAGACCCCAAACUUAACAAGGGAAUGGCCUUCACAUUGAAGGAGCGCCAAGUAAUGGGUCUCCAGGGUCUCCUGCCCCCAGCAAUCAUCCCCCAAGAUCAGCAGGUUUAUCGAACAAUGCAGAACUUUUACCGAAGAGAAAAUGAUCUGGACAGAUACAUCUACCUUACAGCUUUACAGGAGAGAAAUGAGAAGCUAUUCUACCGUGUCCUUACAGAGAAUGUAGAACUAAUGAUGCCUGUUGUGUAUACACCUACCGUGGGCUUGGCUUGUCAGAAGUUUGGCUUGAUCUACAGGAAACCAAGGGGCCUAUACAUAACAGAGCACGAUAAAGGGCAUAUUUAUUCUAUCCUUUGCAACUGGCCAGAAACAGAUGUAAAAGCUAUUGUGGUAACAGAUGGAGACCGUAUCCUGGGCCUGGGUGAUCUUGGGGCCUAUGGAAUGGGGAUUCCAGUGGGAAAACUAUCCUUGUACACGGCUCUGGGAGGCAUCAAGCCACACCAGUGCCUUCCCAUCCUUGUGGAUGUAGGAACUAACAAUCCUGAUUUGCUUGAUGAUCCACUGUAUAUUGGUUUGAAACAACGUCGAACCAGGGGAGAUACCUUUUAUGAUCUGCUUGAUGAAUUUAUGGAAGCAGUUGUUAGGAGGUAUGGUCAAACUUGUUUGGUGCAGUUUGAAGACUUUGGCAACCAAGAUGCUUUUACUCUGCUGGAAAGAUAUAGAAACAGAUAUUGUACUUUUAAUGAUGACAUCCAGGGUACUGCAGCUGUAGCUGUAGCCGGGGUAUUAGCUAGUCUAAGGAUCACCAAAACUAGGCUCUCAGACAAUGUGUUCCUGUUCCAAGGGGCAGGGGAGGCAUCCAUAGGUAUUGCCAAUCUCAUCGUGAUGGCUAUGAUGGAGGAAGGGACGUCAAGAGAACAAGCUCUGGAGAAAAUAUUUUUAGUGGACUCCAAAGGACUCAUUACAAAGGAUAGACCAUCUGGUGGCAUCACUGAGCACAAGGCACCAUUUGCCAAGAAUAUGCAGCACAUAGGGGACCUAGGACAGAUUGUCAAGGCUGUCAAACCCACUGCACUGAUUGGUGCUGCAGCUAUUGCAAAUGUUUUUACUGAAGAAAUAAUUCGUGACAUGGGCUCUUUUAAUGAGAGACCAAUCAUCUUUGCACUGAGUAACCCCACCAGCAGUGCAGAAUGUACAGCUGAGGAGGCAUAUAGAUACACUGAGGGUCGCUGUGUGUUUGCCAGUGGAAGUCCAUUUGAUCCAGUGACAGUAGAUGGGAGAACAUUCUUCCCUGGUCAGGGCAACAAUGCUUACAUUUUCCCAGGAGUUGCGCUCGCCACGAUAGCCUGUGGCAUCAGACAUAUAUCUGAUGAGGUGUUUCUCAAGUCUGCAGAGUAUCUAGCUGCAAUGGUGGACAACGAGCACCUGGCUGAGGGCCGAGUGUAUCCUCCAUUGUCUGACAUCCAGAAAGUGUCCACAGAAAUAGCCACCAAGCUGGCAGAGUAUGCAUACAAGAAAGGGAAUCUUUGUGCCCACUAUCCUGAGCCGAAGGACAAAGAAGCCUUCAUUAAAUCUCACCAGUAUUCCACAGAUUAUGAAAGCUUCCUGCCAGAUAUUUAUGAUUGGCCAGGGCAUGAGAGUCAACUGUAAAUUCUUGACCUGUCAUGUAACAUUGCCAUUAUUGGCUUGUGCAAGGUUUGAGUGCAGUUCUACAUUUAUUUCUAUGUUUUGUUUCAAGCACUUUUUUCUGGAUUAAGCAGACUAUCAGGUAAUAAAAAAACAAAAACUUAAAGCUAGGUUUGUUAUGUGAGAUUCGGUUGUGCUUAAGAAUAUUCAGGAAAAUUAGAUCCCUACUUCUUUGGCAUCUUGUGGAAGGUUUUGUUUAAAUCUCAUCUUAGCUUUGCCGCAACUGAAACUGUCAGCAUUUUUUACUGGCUCUAUGGCUGCACCUAAUCUAGUAUUUCUCAAGAUAUUAAUAAUCAUCCCUUUCCCCCCCCCCCCCCCUCCCAAACACACACACCAAGAAACAUUAUAUUAGAAAAACACUAUUUUCCAAAAUGUGUGGAUCUAAUUUUCAUGCCUUUCAACGGGAGCUGUCUAUAGAUCCAAUUAAACUUUAAUUUAGUUGGCUGGAAACAAUUAUAUUAAUUUAUUUCAUUCAAAGCUGGCUCUUUUCAUGUUUUAAGCUGAUGUUUCAUUUCUACAAGCAGAAAAAGUUUAUUAGAGAUGCAUUAUCAUAACAUUUCACUUUUUACCAGAAUUUAACAGUCAUUUUCUCCCGUUUCUGCAAAAU